AUGACGACAAGUAGAGCCUCCAUACCCGGUGGAAGACCCUCGAACAGCCAUUCUCAUCAAGUAGGGCAACACGAGUUCGUCCUGCCCAUCGCUGGUGGUAAUUCAGCUCACAGAGCUCCGAUGAUUCCCAAUUUAUUUCUUGACAGCCCGCCCAUCAAGGACUCCUUGUCCACCGGCACUUCUGAGGAACAAGAUGCCACUGCCCGCGAAUGCGUGCAAUCCGUGGCACCCGCGUCCGAUGAUGGAAUCCCUCGCAACGAGUAUGGAGUACCUCACCUGAACCGGGAACGUCACAUCAGAUUUCUCCGAAAGAGCCUAGGGACGCUUCCUGCCCCGUAUGUCGCUGCCGAUGCUAGCAGACCGUGGAUCUUCUAUUGGUGUUUGAACGGCAUGGUCCUUUUAGGGGCCGAUGUGUCAAGCUACCGGGAAGACCUCACCGAGACUGCACGUUCCAUGCAGAACGAGACUGGUGGAUUUGGAGGAGGCUUCGGCCAGCGAUCCCACCUGGCAACUACGUAUGCUCUGCUCUUGGCACUGGCCGUUGUGGGCGGAGAGUCUGCAUAUGAAGUUAUUGACCGAAGAGCUAUGUGGAAAUGGAUUUGCUCCCUGAAGCAGCGAGAUGGAGGGUUUCAAAUGUCAAGAGGAGGCGAGGUUGAUGUUAGGGGAGCCUAUUGUGCGGCUGUCAUUAUUACGCUGCUGAAUCUUCCGCUUGAUCUCUCACCCGAAUCACCAGCCUGGGUCGCUGACCCUGCCGAACGACCUGAUUUAUUCACAGGUCUGGCAGACUACGCCAAACAUUCGAAGGUGGCAUUUCGGGGAAGCCGGACGCUGAAGCCCACGGUGCAUACGCCUUCUGCGCUUUAG